GUAAUAAAUAUUUUCUCUUAUGAGUGAAUCAAGAAUAUUCAUUAAAAAAAUAUAUAUAUAGCAAAUGCAAAGAAGGAAUUACACAUUAUAUUUUUCUGUCUCGCACAUCGUGCGGGUAUAACAUCUAGUUUUUUUUUUUAAAAAAAUAAAGUUGAUGAAGUGGCUAAUUUUAUCGUCGAGCAAAUCCAAUAAAUAAACAUCCAAUUGCCAUGUGUCAUCACUCAUCACAAACUCAAACAGGAAAGUGGGAAGGAAGGUAUUGUGGCCAAUCCAUCCAUCAUUUGAUUCAUUUCUCAUUCAUGCCAUUUCCAGAAUGCCUGCUGCUGCUACAUUAGCCCAUUCAUGGCUCUGUUUCUCAUCCGCUCAAAGACCUUCUUCUUCUUCUGCUGCUGCGGCCGCGUCUCUACCAACUUCAAUUUCAACUUCAAAUUCAGAAGAUAACAAUCAGUGCAAUCUCUUACCAGCAACAAAACCCAAGAGCCUUCUUGAUAAACACCCUCUCUGGCAACCAACUCACACAAACAUUUCCCUUCAAUUCAAAGAGAAAAUCCUCUGUUUAGAAGUAAUGGGCGUCGAUUCAGGCAAAGCAUUGUCCUUAAACCCGUCUCUCCACACAGCUUCUCUUGAAUCCAUCCAUUCAAUCAUUACUUUCCUGGAAUCAAAAGGCAUCCAACAAAAGGACAUGGGUCGGAUUUUCGGGAUGUGUCCCCAGAUUCUGACAUCCGACAUCAAAUCCGAAUUGAACCCAGUUUUCAAAUUCCUAUCCUAUGAUCUCGCUGUCCCGGAUCAAGACUUCAGGAGAGUCAUCAACAAGUGUCCCAGAUUAUUAAUCUCCAGUGUCCAGGAUCAGCUGAAACCUGCUCUGUUUUAUCUCCAGAGACUGGGGUUUAAGGACGUCCAACAACUGAUUUAUCAAGAUCCGGUUUUGUUGGUUUCCAAUGUGGAGAAAACGCUGAUUCCUAAGCUGGAUUUCUUGGUGAGCUUGGGAUUUACAAGGACUGAAGCAAUUGGGAUGGUGUUGAGGUGUCCGGGUUUGUUUACAUUUAGCAUCGAGAACAAUUUCAAGCCCAAAUUCGAGUACUUUGUGAAGGAAAUGGAGGGGAGUUUGGAGGAAUUGAAAGGGUUUCCUCAGUACUUUGCAUUCAGCCUGGAGAAGAGGAUAAAACCCAGGCAUUUAGAAGCACUGAGCAAGGGAGUGAAGGUUCCUCUGCCAUUGUUGCUCAAGAGUACGGAUGAUGAGUUUCAGGAGUUGCUGAUUAGGCGACCUGGUUUGUGUGGCUGAGAAUUUUUUGUAAAUAAAGUUUAUAACUACAUAUUCUUUUUUUUUUUUUUUAAUUCUCCUUUUCCUUUUUAAAAUGUAUAUUUCCAGUUUUCUCCUAAUUGCUUUAGAGAUAUUAAUUAAUUCGACUUAUAAAUUGGAAAUUCUUUUUCCAAAGUAUUGUAAGACUCAAUAAUAUGUCUUUAAGACGUAACUCUGUAGUCUGUACAAUAGAUUGAAAGCUAAUGUAUCAUGUCUUAAUUUACAAAUUCUAUUCUUUCUAAUAAAAUAAUUUUUCUCUCUGUUCCAGAAUGA